AUGUUAUCAGUUGCCAUGCAGGGUUUAACCCUGUACGGGUUUAGUAGUGGUGGGCUUGGGAAGCACGAAGCUACUCUCUCGGAGAGCGAGUUGGUCAGGUUCACUGUGGUAAUUUUAGCAAUCGUUGUGACGUUUAUCCCACUAGUCUGUGUCGCAAAGCUGAGCCUGAUCAUGCUAUACUAUCGCCUGAGUCCCCAUGUGAAGCUAUGGAGAUGUUGCAUAUACGGAAUCGCGACCCUCAUCACCAUACCCACACCCAUAUUGGUUUUCCUCUAUUUGUUCGGCUGCCAGCCGGUUGCUAAGGCAUGGGACUCGACAAUUACUGAAGGGCACUGUGUGGACCGUCUCAGUAUCAUGUUGGCAAGUUCCGUGUUGAACGUUGUUACAGAUUUCUUGAUGAUCAUCGCCCCAAUACCUUUGAUCUGGAAAUUGAACAUGCGGGUAUGGCAGAAGCUAGGAAUUUCUCUGAUGUUCUUCUUGGGUGGCAUGAAUGCGGAAACUAUUCUUGUCAUUAUCUGCGACUGCCUUCCCUCGCUGCGUCCCUUCCUGCACCGACAUUGCCCUGGAGGCUGUUUCACGGGGUCUGAACCCUCUGGGGUUCCAACUAGUGGGACACGCAAUACGAGGCAACAUGGUAGAAGCCGCUAUUUCGAUGAUGACAUCGAGCUUAUUCAGAACGAGUCGGAUUCCCCGAGGCCUAUAGUUAUCACACGGACCGUGGAGAUGGAAUUGCAAUACCACAAGGCUGAAGUGGAUGCAAAGCUGACAAAACAUUCUACUCCUUGA